AUGGCCGGUACAAGGCGGUCAUCAUAUCCCCCAGCCCAAGGCCCUACGCUUGACGCUCCCUCAAUCAAGGACACUACAGCGUCUCCGAAUGUUACACGCGAAUCGCCGGAUGCCCGCCGCACUCCCUCCCCGCAGCCUUCCGAGGACGGUCUCUUUACGAAAAGUUACUACGAGGGUCUCGCUGAUCGCUGGGGAGUUACGGUAGCCGAGUUCGAUUAUCGGAAAGACAGACCACGGUUUUGGCUGCGCAAUUCAGAUCGCGCUGGCCUUGACCACGAUGAAGAGUCACUCUCGCCAUGGGCGCUGGCGUACUACGAUCGAUACCCCGACGAGAUGGACGACGAACGGACGCGCGACCAUUACGAGCGUGGUACAGGAAAGCCGAGGGUGAAGAGGUUCGAGGACAUCAAGGAAGUGACGCCCCUUGUGAGAGGCAAUGACGGAAACUUCAAGCCGGCUAGCAGCUGGCAAGAGGUCCCUGACGAGCCGACUGCUGACCUCGGUGGUCCAUCACACUGGUAUACCAAAGCACCAAGGGCGCGGAGUAAUUGGCUCGAGACGCUCAGUCGAACACCCAACACCACAGGGCCACAACGUCCUCAGCCUCCUGCACUUCCCAAUCGCAAGGUCCACCGUCUUCAGGCCCCGCAUGACCACCAGGAUCAACCUGUCGAGGAUCUCUCAAGGAGCAGCUCUGAACCGAAAACCGGGGUUCCUGGGGUUGAUGAGGGCUUCGCAGCGCCAACGGGCGCUGGAGACGCCGACUUCUCACUAGCUGCGGAGGAUGCUUGGCCGAUGGAAGUCGACGACGAUGUCGCUGAAGGAUUCGAGGAGCGCCUUGAAGAUGUCGAUGGAGACGAUUUCGGAUAUCCCCUCGGAGAUGAGCUGAAAGACGAUGUUGAAGACGAAGACAGCGACGAUCUUCAGAUCGAACCUCAAGCGAUUUUCGAAGACGACGAUGAAUACGGUGCUAAGGACGGUGUUCAGAACAGUGUUGAAGGCGAUGUUGAAGAUGGUAUCGAAGACACACCCCAAGCCAACCCCGAAGGUCAUCCUCUCGAUAAUCUCGAAGACACCUCCAUCCUGAGCGACAUUUCAGCCCCCGACGAAGACCUCGCACUGCAGAUGUAUCGCGAAGACCUUGAGAAUUUCCACUCGCAUCUGAUCAAGCUGUCAAGAGACAGUCUUUGGCGGUCUUUCUCUUUCGACACCAGAGAAGAAUACGAGACAGCGCUUCCACUUUACAACAAAGGGCUACCGAAACUUGGCAACAAAGAAGCUGAGGUGGUGAGUCUAAAGGAUGCGAUGAAGGCACGAAGGGACUAUGACCAGUAUCUCCGCGAGCAUAUGCCGAAGCCUGCAGACAGGAAGAAGGAGCCUGAGCCGUCGACGGUACGUAGACAGCCGAGGCGGUCCACCAGGAACAAGUAG